CGGGACGUAACCACCCCAGCAUGCCGGGCCCUAUCCGGAUCGCAGGAAGACACCAGAAAUCUCGACUUCGUGUCGAAGCGGCGAAAAUGGAGCGGAUCGUCACAUGGUCCAAGCGCCGAGACAGCAUAUGGUCAUUUGCCUCCGCCUACCCAUGCACUCGCUCAUCCUUUGUUGAUACUGUUUGAUUGUAUAUUUCGCUAUAGUCCUGCAUCGUCUUGCGCAAGUAGAGCUUGCUGUUUUUUUGUCAUGACUUGGCCAAACCCGUUCCGCAGACGGACGGAAAACACCAAGACCUGCUGGGGCUACCAGUUCGAAUGGACAGAACAUCAUCUCACACCUGAACAAACCAAACCUUUAAAACACUCUUAUGAUGUUCUGGGAGAAGAAUGUCUGGAGCGACUUAACGUCAUUUCGCCACCACCCAAGGGAGCGCUGCCGAGAAACAGUGACCAGCCAGCGCCGUCCGCAGUGACUGGAACUGAAGGAGAAAAGAAGGAAGGUCUCGCACUACCUUCGAGAGAUCUGUAUGCUUUACUUGAAGAGCAUCACCAGUCCGACGAAAAGCUUGGGCAGCUAUGGAAAGAAGUUAACACUGUUCCGGAUUGGGUAGACUGGGCUCAGAUCGAAAGAGGUCAGGAUGUUUUCUAUCGCUAUGGAGGGCCAGCUCUCACUGGGCUUACAUUCCAGUCAUUACUCGGUGGUAUGGGUGCCGCGCGAGUUGUUGAGACUUUAGCACGUACUGGAGGGUUCAGUACGAAGGUGGCAAGAAGAAGAUUAUUUGAGACAACACAGCACAUCCUCCAGUGCACACGAUCUUUGGAGGGUAUCAAACCAGGCGGUGAGGGUUUUGCUUCGUCGAUCCGGGUUCGUCUUCUACACGCCGCAGUGCGUCAGCGCAUCACCAAACUAGCACAUCAACGACCCAGCUACUACAACUUAGAAGAAUGGGGGAUUCCAGUCAACGAUCUCGACCAAAUUGCUACUAUUGGCACUUUUUCCUCGUCUCUGAUGUGGAUCAGCCUUCCUCGUCAAGGUAUCUACCUCUUACAACAGGAGAUCGAGGAUUACCUUGCGUUGUGGCGGUAUAUCGCAUAUCUCCUUGGUACGCCCGACGAAUGGUUUGCGACCCAAACAAAGGCAAGAGCAAUUAUGGAAUCACUGCUGUACUACGAAGUCAAUCCCUCGGAUAUGUCGAAGACUAUGGCCAACAACAUUGUCUUUGCCCUCAAAGAGGAACCCCCUACAUACGUGUCCGCGGACAUGCUCAUUGCUAGUGCGCGCUGGCUAAACGGCAAUGACUUGUGCGACCGUCUUGGUCUCAAACGUGUGUCAGCCUACUACUGGUCCCUCAUGGCAGGCCAGUGUCUCUUCUUCAUGGGCUUCUCCUACUUCUACCGCGUCUUCCCUUCGCUUGAUCGUAAGCAUGUCGUCCGGAUGAAGAAGAUCUUGUACGAUGUGAUCGUCCAUGCGAAGUUUGGUCUGGCUGGAACGGAAACGACGUUCGACUUCAAGUACGUUCCGGAGUUCAGUACUUUGACCGAGCUAGGUGACCAUGGCGAGCGGAAAAUCAAGGACUCAAGUAUUGAGUUGAGGAACUUGAAGGCUCUUGGCAUCUUCGUCGGUGUGUUGGUUGUUGGUACGUGGGUGUCGGUGAAGGUGACCUCGAGCAUUUUGGGAAUGCUGUGGUGAAGUGCGAAAUAGAUUUGCUUAUAACGACUUCGUUUUCUAUUGUUCGGGGGCAGACUUAUUUUAUCAGACCUUUCUACUUCGACUUACAUAGUUAUGUUAUCUGCCGAUAUCCUCUUUGCAA